GGCAGCUGCUCGGGGACCUAUUGAAGGGCCCGUGGUCUAGAGCGGCGCGAAAUGGCGGUGGAGUGAACGUGGCUGCAAUCCGGCCAAUAUCUCCGCCAUCAGUCCCCCUCUAGAGCCCCGCUUCUCAACUGUACAUCCAGUGCCUCCCCCCUGCUCCAGCCCCGCAGCCGGAUACUGGGUGGUAAGGAUCCCGGCCACGAGGGUAGCCUCAAGGUUGUUCUGUUUCCACUCGACACUGAUAUCGGGCGGCUGACACCAUGUUUCUCUACAACAUCACCCUGCAGAGAGCCACUGGCAUCAGCUUCGCCAUCCAUGGAAACUUCUCAGGAACUAAACUCCAGGAAAUUGUUGUUUCCCGGGGAAAGAUUGUGGAGCUGCUUCGCCCUGAUGCCAACACUGGUAAAGUGCACACACUGCUCACAGUGGAGGUAUUUGGCAUCAUCCGUUCCCUCAUGGCGUUCCGCCUAACUGGUGGCACCAAGGAUUACAUUGUGGUAGGCAGCGACUCUGGGCGCAUCAUUAUCCUAGAGUACCACCCUUCUAAGAACAUGUUUGAGAAGAUUCAUCAAGAGACAUUUGGAAAGAGUGGAUGCCGCAGGAUUGUGCCCGGGCAGUUCUUGGCUGUUGACCCCAAGGGCAGAGCAGUAAUGAUAAGUGCCAUAGAGAAGCAGAAGCUGGUGUACAUCCUGAACAGAGAUGCUGCUGCACGGCUCACCAUCUCCUCCCCCUUGGAGGCUCACAAGGCCAACACCUUGGUGUAUCAUGUGGUGGGGGUGGAUGUGGGCUUUGAGAAUCCCAUGUUUGCCUGCCUAGAGAUGGACUAUGAGGAAGCUGAUAAUGAUCCUACUGGGGAAGCAGCUGCCAACACUCAGCAGACCCUGACCUUCUAUGAGCUGGAUCUUGGUCUGAACCACGUAGUGCGCAAAUACAGUGAGCCCCUGGAGGAGCAUGGCAACUUCUUAAUUACUGUUCCUGGAGGCUCAGACGGCCCCAGUGGGGUGCUGAUUUGUUCUGAAAACUACAUCACAUACAAGAACUUUGGGGAUCAGCCAGAUAUUCGUUGUCCCAUCCCAAGGAGGAGGAAUGACCUGGAUGAUCCUGAGAGAGGGAUGAUUUUUGUCUGCUCAGCCACACACAAAACAAAGUCCAUGUUUUUCUUCCUGGCCCAGACAGAGCAGGGAGACAUCUUCAAGAUCACACUGGAAACGGAUGAGGACAUGGUUACAGAAAUCCGGCUGAAAUACUUUGAUACUGUUCCAGUGGCAUCUGCAAUGUGUGUUUUAAAGACUGGCUUCCUCUUUGUGGCAUCAGAAUUUGGGAACCAUUACCUUUACCAGAUUGCUCACCUGGGUGAUGACGAUGAGGAACCAGAGUUCUCCUCCGCCAUGCCUCUGGAGGAGGGAGAUACUUUCUUCUUUCAGCCUCGGCCUCUGAAGAACCUGGUGCUGGUUGAUGAGCAGGACAGUCUUUCCCCCAUCAUGAGCUGUCAGAUUGCCGACUUGGCCAAUGAAGACACUCCUCAGUUGUACGUGGCGUGUGGACGAGGUCCACGGUCCUCUCUCAGGGUCUUGAGACACGGACUUGAGGUCUCUGAAAUGGCCGUCUCUGAGCUACCCGGUAACCCCAAUGCUGUGUGGACUGUAAGGAGACACAUUGAAGAUGAGUAUGAUGCAUACAUCAUUGUAUCCUUCGUGAACGCCACCCUGGUACUUUCUAUCGGUGAAACUGUAGAAGAAGUGACAGAUUCUGGAUUUCUGGGAACAACCCCAACCCUGUCCUGUUCUCUGUUGGGUGAAGAUGCCUUAGUCCAGGUCUAUCCUGAUGGAAUCCGGCACAUUCGAGCAGACAAGAGAGUCAAUGAGUGGAAAACGCCUGGGAAGAAGAUGAUUGUGAAGUGUGCAGUGAACCAGCGGCAAGUCGUGAUCGCUCUCACCGGGGGAGAGCUGGUGUACUUUGAGAUGGACCCUUCAGGGCAGCUAAACGAGUACACAGAGAGGAAGGAAAUGUCUGCGGAUGUCGUGUGUAUGAGCCUGGCCAAUGUCCCUCCAGGAGAGCAGCGAUCUCGAUUCCUGGCAGUUGGGCUGGUGGACAACACUGUCAGAAUAAUCUCUCUGGACCCAUCAGAUUGUCUUCAGCCUCUCAGUAUGCAGGCUCUUCCCGCACAACCGGAGGCACUGUGUAUCGUCGAGAUGGGAGGUGCAGAAAGGCAGGAUGAACUCGGUGAGCGAGGCUCCAUUGGUUUUCUUUAUCUUAACAUUGGCCUUCAGAAUGGAGUGCUGCUCAGAACAGUUUUGGAUCCGGUAACAGGUGAUCUGUCUGAUACGAGAACUCGCUAUUUAGGGUCCCGUCCAGUCAAGUUGUUCCGUGUAAGAAUGCAAGGUCAAGAGGCUGUUCUGGCCAUGUCCAGUCGUUCUUGGCUCAGCUAUUCCUACCAGUCUCGUUUCCACCUUACUCCUCUGUCCUAUGAGACUUUGGAGUAUGCAUCUGGCUUUGCUUCAGAACAGUGUCCAGAGGGCAUUGUAGCUAUUUCAACUAACACUCUGAGAAUUUUGGCACUGGAGAAGUUGGGUGCAGUGUUUAACCAGGUGGCUUUCCCUCUCCAGUACACACCACGAAAGUUUGUGAUUCAUCCUGAAAGUAACAAUUUGAUUAUCAUUGAAACUGACCACAAUGCUUACACAGAAGCUACCAAGGCUCAGCGUAAGCAGCAAAUGGCAGAGGAAAUGGUAGAAGCUGCAGGAGAAGAUGAAAGGGAGCUUGCAGCCGAGAUGGCAGCUGCAUUCCUCAAUGAAAACCUGCCAGAGUCCAUCUUUGGGGCACCAAAAGCUGGAAAUGGUCAGUGGGCAUCAGUUAUCAGGGUAAUGAAUCCUAUCCAGGGAAACACUCUGGACCUUGUACAGUUGGAGCAGAAUGAAGCUGCCUUCAGCGUGGCAGUGUGCCGAUUCAGUAACACUGGAGAUGACUGGUAUGUCUUGGUUGGUGUUGCUAAAGACCUUAUACUGAACCCUCGCUCUGUGGCUGGAGGGCUGGUUUAUACUUAUAAGCUUGUGAACAAUGGAGAGAAGCUGGAGUUUGUGCACAAGACCCCUGUAGAAGAGGUUCCAGCUGCGAUUGCUCCUUUUCAAGGUCGGGUCUUGAUAGGAGUUGGCAAACUUCUGAGAAUAUAUGAUCUGGGAAAGAAGAAGCUUUUGAGGAAGUGUGAAAACAAGCACAUUGCAAACUUCAUUGUGGGCAUACAGACCAUUGGACAGCGCGUAAUUGUGUCUGACGUACAGGAAAGCUUCAUAUGGGUGCGCUACAAACGAAAUGAAAACCAGCUGAUCAUAUUUGCUGAUGAUACGUAUCCACGUUGGGUUACCAACGCAUGUCUGCUGGAUUAUGAUACUGUAGCUGGUGCUGACAAGUUUGGAAACAUUUGUGUGGUCCGACUACCUCCUAAUAUAAAUGAUGAUGUUGAUGAAGAUCCGACUGGUAACAAGGCUUUAUGGGACAGGGGGCUGCUGAAUGGAGCCUCUCAGAAGGCAGAGGUGAUUGUGAACUACCAUGUAGGAGAGACUGUGCUGUCCGUACAGAAGACAACACUCAUCCCUGGAGGCUCAGAGUCUCUAGUCUACACUACGUUAUCUGGCGGCAUUGGCAUUCUUGUCCCAUUUACUUCACAUGAGGAUCAUGAUUUUUUCCAGCAUGUAGAGAUGCAUCUGCGCUCCGAGCACCCCCCUAUCUGUGGACGAGACCAUCUCAGCUUCCGCUCCUAUUACUUUCCUGUGAAGAAUGUGAUUGAUGGUGACUUAUGUGAACAGUUUAAUUCCAUGGAGCCAACAAAGCAGAAAAGUGUGGCUGAGGAGCUAGAUAGAACGCCACCUGAGGUCUCCAAGAAGCUGGAAGACAUACGUACACGAUAUGCUUUCUAAGAGACCACCAGUGUCUCCUGCCUGUGACCACACCACAAGGUGUUACUUCCCAGUCAGUGUCUGCACAGUGAUUUGUUGUGGUGAUGGAUCCUGCAUGCAGCAGGGGCAGCUUGAUCUCACCUGAACAGUGACAUUCAUUCUGUUUUAAACACAAAAUUUCACUUUAACUCCUGCCCUUCGACUUUGUAAAUAUAUUUGUAAAAUGAUUUUUUUUUUUUUUUUUUAAAGUCUUUUGGCUAAAUGUUCGUCUAAGCCCAGAGGCUGGCAUAA